GGAGCGCGGGAAAUCGGCGGACCCGGCGCUGAGGGUCACAGGAUAGAUGCUGCAGGAAGACCUGCCUCCUCCGCCAUGGAAAAACGCGAGGCCUUUAUUCACGCCGUGUCUAAGGAGCUAAUUGGAGAGUUUCUAAAAUUCAUCCAACUUGACAGAGAUUCUUCUGAUCCUUUCAACCUGAAUGAAUUGCUAGAAGAAUUAUCAAGGAAGCAGAAAGAAGAACUCUGGCAAAGACUUAAGAGUUUAUUAACAGACUUGCUGUUAGAAAGCCCCGUGGAUGGCUGGCAGAACAUGGAGCCCCAGGAUGAAGAUAUUAUGGAGACAGAGCAUGAUUCAAAAAUGAAAAAUAAUGUAAAAAUAAUUCAUGCAAUUACGUCCGUGAUUCUUGCCUCAGUGUCAGUGAUAAAUGAAAGUGAGAACUAUGAGGCCUUGCUGGAGUGUGCCGUCAUACUCAAUGGUAUCUUGUAUGCGUUACCAGACUCUGAGCGAGCACUCAGGAGCUUAAUUCAGGACCUGUGUGUUACCUGGUGGGAGAAGGGCCUGCCUGCCAAAGAGGACAUGGGGAAGACGGCAUUUGUCAUGCUUCUAAGGAGGAGUUUGGAGACAAAGACUGGUGCAGACAUAUGCCGACUUUGGCGUAUCCAUCAAGCUUUGUAUUGCUUUGAUUAUGAUUUGGAGGAAAGCAGAGAAAUUAAAGACAUGCUACUUGAGUGCUUCAUAAAUGUCAGUUGUAUCAAGAAAGAAGAGGGAAGAAGAUUUCUUAGUUCUCUCUUCAACUGGAAUAUAAAUUUUAUUAAAAUGAUCCAUGGAACCAUUAAAAACCAGUUACAGGGAUUGCAAAAAUCUUUGGUGGUGCACAUCGCAGAAAUUUACUUCAGAGCUUGGAAAAAGGCUUCAAGAGAAACACUGGAGAUAAUCGAGAACACUUGUAUCCAGGACUUCAUGUACCAUGGAAUCCACCUGCAUCGGAGGUCCCCAGUGCAUGCCAAAGUGCGUGAGGUGCUGAAUUAUUUUCACCAUCAGAAGAGGGUUCGGCAGGGCGUGGAAGAGAUGCUUUACAGACUGUACAAGCCCAUUCUUUGGAGAGGCUUAAAGGCCAGGAACUCUGAAGUCCGGUCAAAUGCUGCUCUGCUGUUCAUUGAAGCAUUUCCUGUACGUGAUCCAAGCUUCAACGCUAUUGAGAUGGACAGUGAGAUCCAGAAGCAGUUUGAAGAGCUCUAUAGCCUUCUAGAAGAUCCUUACCCGAUGGUCCGUUCCACAGGGGUCUUGGGUGUCUGUAAAAUCACCUCGCAGUACUGGGAAAUGAUGCCCCCCACCAUUCUUAUUGACCUCCUCAAAAAAGUGACCGGGGAGCUGGCAUUCGACAUGAGCUCUGCCGACGUGCGCUGUGCUGUAUUCAAGUGCCUGCCAAUCAUUUUGGAUAACAAAUUAAGCCAUCCACUAUUAGAACAGCUUUUGCCAGCCCUAAAGUACAGUCUCCAUGACAAUUCUGAGAAAGUGAGAGUGGCUUUUAUUGACAUGCUGCUGAAAAUCAAAGCUUCAAGGGCGGCAAAGUUUUGGAAGAUAUGCCCCAUGGAGCACAUCUUGGCUCGCUUGGCGUCGGAUUCCAGGCCUGUUUGUCGGCGCCUGGUGAGCCUCAUCUUUUCCUCGUUCCUGCCUGUGAACCAGCCCGAGGAGGUGUGGUGUGAGCGAUGUGUCACGCUGCUGCAGAUGAACCACGCAGCUGCCCGAAGGUUCUACCAGUACGCCCACGAGCACACCACCUGCUCCAACAUAGCAAAGCUGAUUCAUGUGAUUCGCCGCUGCUUAAAUGCCUGCAUCCAGAAGGCACUGAGGGAGGAGUGCCCAGAGGACAACGAGGAGAGAGAGAAGGAGAAUGUUCUGGACAAGACUCUGUCAGUAAGUGAUGUCCCAUCCAUGUCAGGCUUAUUAGAAGUCAUCGUGAUUCUUUGGAAAAGUAUUCACCGAAGUCUGGAAAACAAUAAAGAGGCGAAGGUCUACACCAUCAACAAGUUUGCCUCUGUGCUCCCUGAGUAUCUCAAAGUGUUUAAGGAGGACCGCUGCCAGAUCCCGCUGCUCAUGCUCAUGUCCUUCCUGCCCGCCGCUGCUGUGCCUACGUUCAGCUGUGGCGUCAUCUCCACACUGAGAACCCAAGAGGAGGGCACAGCCGACAGGAGCCACUGCGCACUCCUGGACUGUCUGUGCUCCUGGGGGCACAUCGGGCACGUGCUGGAGCUCCUGUGCGACUGGCUGCCCCAGGAGCCGUCCCCCGGCAAGAGCAGCUCGGCUUCUCAACGGAAGGUGCAAGUGCAUGACCCACGCCCGGCCAAGCCGGAGUUGGCCUUGGUGUACAUCGAGUACCUGCUCACCCACCCCAAGAACCGGGAGUGCCUGCUGUCUGCUCCCCAGAAGAAACUCAACCAGCUUCUGAAAGCACUCGGCGCCUCGAAGGUGGAUCUGGAGUCCAUUCUGCAGUCGCCCUCAGGAAAGCCUCAUCACUUCAGCGAGGUGACAGCCCUGCGGGCCUUCGGCCUGCACUGCCGGCUGAGCAUCCACCUGCAGCACAAGUUCUCCUCAGAAGGCAAAGUCUACUUGUCUGUUUUGGAAGACACUGGGUUUUGGCUAGAAAGCAGAGUUUUGUCUUUUAUCCAAGAUCAAGAAGAAGAGUACCUGAAGCUUCACAGGGUCGUUUAUCAACAAGUCAUCCAGACCUACCUGUCAGUGUGUAAGGAUGUGGUGAUGGUCGGCCUUGGCGACUGCAAGUUUCAGACACAGCUUUUACAGUGGAGUCUGGGGAUCAUGCAAGCAGUGAAGGGAUUCUUUUAUGUUACAUUACUUCUGGGCAUCCUGAAAGAGGUGACUGGAUACUCCUCGAUUCAAAAAACAGACUCAGAUGAACAGGUUGCAGCACUGUUUGACAUGGUACAAAAAGUGUUCCAGAAGAUGCUUGAAUGUAUGGCCCGCAGCUUCAAGAAGCAGCCCGAAGAAGGCCUGCGGCUCCUGUACUCGGUGCAGAUCCCUCUUCACGAGUUCAUCACCACAGUUCAGACCUGGCACUUCGACACCCCCGUGCACCGGGGGGUGCUGUCCACCCUGAUCGCUGCAUCUGUGGUGGAGAUCACUCACCGACUUCGAAAGAUUUCUGACCUGGAAGAGCUGACGCCCCCAGAAUGUCUGUCAGACCUGCCACCGUUUUCAAGGUGUUUAGUAGGAAUCAUCAUAAAAUCCCCGAACGUGGUCAGGUCAUUUUUAGAUGAACUGAAGGCAUGUGUUACUUCUGAUGAUAUUGAAGGAAUUGUAUGUCUCACAGCUGUUCUGCAUAUUAUUUUGGUUAUUAACAAAGGUAGACACAAGAGCUCCAAGAUACAGGAUGCCGCAGCUACAGUUCACAGGAAACUGAAGACUUUCAUGGAGAUCACUUUGGAAGAAGAUAGCCUGGAAAGGUUUCUCUACGAAUCAUCAUCAAGAACUUUGGGAGAACUCUUGAAUUCUUAGUUAAGACAACAAUUUUGAUUAUGUAGGAAAGACAAAUGAAGUAAAUGUAUUUUUGUACUGUUUUUGAUUUCAACAAUUUGUAAUAGAGAUGGGGCGAGGCUUAUGGGGAGAUGUGAGUAGGUGGCUUGAGAGCCAUAGCUUUUUGCUGAGUGUGUGCAUAAGUAAUAUAUUUAAUGUCAAGGACUCCAGAAGUUGGGACAGAGAGAUAAUAGAGGGGUUAGGCUCUUGUCCUGUAUAUCGCUGGCUCCAGUUUGAUCCCCAACAUUCAACAUGGUCUCCCAAGCGCUGCCAAGGACUAAGCCAUGCGCAACGCCAGGUAUGGCCCCAAAACUGAACCAAACCCAAAGAAGAAUUUCAGGUUUUCAGGGAAGACGCUUUUCAAGUGACUUAGCUCUUUUAAGCACUUGUAAGCAUGUGUGCGAUGAGACUUACAAAUGAAGCAAUAAAGUAGCCAGUGAUGUCAGAGGCAGGCCCUCGGCUCUCUGGCUGCGGGUCUGAGACUCCAGGCCCCAGGAAGGGCUGUGUUCAUAGCCUCUUCAGGUCCUAUGUGGUGACAGGUCCAGUGUCCUGUGGCCAAGGAGCCUCUGGGAGAGACUGUCCCACUGCAUCGUGGGCAUUCUGUCCUCAACCCCACUGGAGGCGCCAGAGCCACUUGCCAGCAUCUGCAUUUCCCUAAGAAGGUGCAGAAACAGACUCUUCCCCACAGCUCCAAACAUUCGUGUCAUUCACAGGGGCGCAUGACAGAAAGAAGGUGAUUCGGAUUAUUUCAGCUUGUUUGGAACAUGUGACUUGCUAAUUUAGCUGAAUUUAAUAUUAGUGAAUGAGAUUGGUACUGGAAAAAUGAUUUUGUUAUUGAUCAUUCAGACACAUUUUUUGGGAAGUGCCUGUGUUCAUUAAGCCUGACAGUGAUGGGUGUUGCGGUGGAGAGAUUGCUGGGCUCCC